AUGACAUAUCAGACUGAAGUGAUCGACACACAGCCUCAGUUGACAGUUACCAGUUAUACUGUCUCCACUGGUUCCUCUGACUGGAGCUCCAAUCUCUGUGACUGCUGUGAUGAUUGUGGUAUCUGUCUCUGUGGCGCAUUUAUCCCCUGCAUCCUGGGUUGUAAUGUGGCACAGGCCCAUGGUGACACCUGCUGCCUACCCUUUCUCCCUGGAGCCAUGAUUGCUUUAAGAACCAGCAUUCGUGACAAAUACCAAAUCAAUGGGACGAUCUGUGAUGACUGGUUAAUUAUGACCUGCUGCAUGCAAUGUGGCCUCUGCCAAAUGGCUCGGGAACAGAAGAUGAGGGGCUGA